UGUGUCAUUCGACGGCGGAUGGGACGCCUCUUUUCAGACAGGUCGCCUCCGUUUGCACAGGCGGCUGCCAGAGCUAUCGCCCGCUUGCGGUCCGUCUAGGUUCGCAAGCAUUUCAAGCCAGGAACCUGGAAGCGACUCCCGUCUCGAGAACAAAAAAAAGUGUCCCCGCACGGCCACCGGCGGGGGGCCCUGCGAGGGAGCAGAGUGAGCUGGAGCGGGAAAGACGGAGAGGCGGGCGGCCAUCGGCUGAACGUAAGGACAGCCCGCCGCGGGGCCGCGGGGCCCGCGGUGCAGAGACGGGCCUUCACUCAUGCGGCAGCGCUGCUCUUCUUGUGGAGCGGCGCGUGGCCGGGAGGCGCUCAUCUCGGGGGAGGGGGUCCGCGCCGCGGGGGCGCCCGGGUGGCUUGUGCCCGGCCCUCCGACAUGUUAAAAACAAUCUGCUCAGCGCGACUCGAUGGUUAGGGAGCCCACAAAGGACGUACGCGCCCAGCUAUGUACAUGAACACGGCCCCUCGAUUCGCGAGACCGGCCGCGUUAUACGAUUGUGCAUUGAGCUCGACACCGAGAAAUGAACACCAUCUGAGUCCCAUUGCCCCCCUCAUCGAGAUGCCUUCAGCUGACAGCCCGGAUCCCUCUCGAGGCGAGCCUCGGGGGCGUCGGGGGCACAGGGCAGGCGAAGCACCACCGCGAUUGUCACGUCGAGCCGCUGUCAUUGGGCGGCUCGCUCGCGCUCGUGGCGAAAACCGCUCGGCGUGUGGAGCGGCCUGAGCGGGCACGCAUCCGGUGCCACUGCUGCAGGGCCCCCCCUGCAGGAAACGGGCAGAGGGUACUCUGGUGCUGCAGAGGUACUGCGGCGACUGCAGGGGGGGCAGUGCGCGGCCCACGACCUCUGCCGCCGGAGGGGCCACUGCGGAGAGCAGGCGCCGGGGGGGCGCCCUCGGGGCCCGGGGCCGAGCCUGCCCCGGGGCGCGCCUCGCACGUCAGAGGCCCUCCCCCGCGCCCCGCAUCAUGGCCAGGAACUCCUCGAAGUCGAUGGAGCCGUCGUUGUUGGAGUCGACCUCCUUCCAGACCAGCUCCAUGCUCUUGCUCUCGGUCAUCCUGGUCACGCUCUCGCUGCCAGAGUUGAGCACCCUCCGCAGCUCCUCACGGGAUAUCUUCCCGUCGCUGUUGAGGUCGAAGACGCUGAAGGCGUUCCGGCACACGUCCUCCUGGAUGUACUGGCGAUGCUCCAGGGUCGCCGCCAGGAAUUCGGUGUAGUCGCACCGCUGCCGUCCGCGUCGAUGCUCUCCACGAGCUCCUGCAAGUCCCGCCCGCCCACCUCGGAGCCCGGCCUGCUGCAGCCCCCCGCUGAGCUCCGCCAGCGUCAGCAGCCCGUCGCCGUUCGCGUCCAGCGACGUGUAGACGCACCGGACGGCGCCAGCCCGCGCACAGAGGUCGAGCGCACGGUCACGAGAACAGAAUUGGGCGCUCCUCAGUGGGGGGCGCUACCUCUGGCUUCCUCGAUUCAUGGAACAUCGCGACUGAAUGUGUUUUCGCUACUUUCGGUCUCUGAGGGGCCUUACUGAGCGUCGGGACCGUCGAAGAACGACUCGAGAUGAAAGACUGGUCUCGGGGAAUAGGUCGAGACCUCUGGGGAUCGACCUCAUGAAAACAUCAUGACGUCCAGGGUCUGGGGGCGGCAGGGCGAAGAAUUGUAUACCUUUCCUGCCCCUCUCGGGCCCAGGGGGCCCCUUUAGGAUCACCAGGGUGCACAAUAGAAGGGUCUUCACCCUCCAGGGGUUGCCAUUCUUUCGAGCCUGGCCUUUUCGCCAAGUUUCGGCCCCGAGACCCUCACAGCAGGUCAAUCCGGCUCGAAAAAUGUCACAGGAAGUUGGGGUCCAGGGACCUGGGUGUGAUUUUC